AUGGAUACCUUACUGACCGCCGAGAUCGUGGCCAAUUCACCACAGUUUCGUCGCAAGUCGUCCAUCUUUGUAGAUGCAAUCCAUGACUUGCCCGAGAAGGCGGAUCUUGCCCCGGCUCAGCUUUACAGCACCGAGUCGGGUCGAUUGUUCCACUCGGGUCGAAUCGUGAUCAUCACCGUUGGCUUGCCCGCUAGAGGUAAAACGCAUAUAUCAGUUGCUUUGGCAAGAUAUUUGCGCUGGCUCGGUGUCAAAACCAGAAUUUUCCAUCUGGGAGACUACCGUCGCGCCACUAUUCCAUUCGGUGAGGAUAUGCCAGAUGAUUAUUUCUAUGUCAACGGUGGGUGUUGUAUCACUGUGGGUCAUUUGUCUCGCACUAAUAUAUCGAUCUUAGCAACCGCCAAGUCUGUUUUAUUGCGACAAAAGAUCGUGAGAAAAUGUCGUGAAGAUAUUUAUCACUUUUUGAACCAUGAAAAUGGCCAGAUCGCAAUUUACGAUGCUGUUAACCCUCUAGCCUCGGGUCGACGCUCGCUUGCCAAGGAGUUCGCAAAGCAUGACAUUGAGACUCUGUUCAUCGAGUCUCGAUGUGAUGACGAGCGUAUCAUCGAAGAGAAUGUCCGCAGAGUCAAAAUUUCUUCUCCUGACUAUGUGUCAUGGAAAUCAGAAGAUGCCGUGAAACAUUAUCUGAACCGUAUCUCUUCUCGCAUUCCCCAGUUUCAAUCCAUGGAGGAGAAGGAUCUGAACUACAUCAAGAUGAUCAAUGCCGGCGAGAGGCUGAUUGUCAACAACCGAAGUUUUGGUUAUCUUUCCAACCGUAUUGUCUUCUACUUGCUUAAUCUUCACAUCAAAUCGCGACGGACUUACUUCGUACGAGCAGGUGUUUCGCUGGAUGCUGAUUCAUACAAAGCCGAUGCUUCCCUCUCCGAACAAGGGGAAGACUAUGCAAAGAAGAUGACGGCGCGGCUGUUGGCUCACCGAGAAGAAGAAAAGCAAACCAUGAUUGAACGCGGAGAGACCGGUUUCGAGUCUCGUCCUCUGAAGGUUUGGACCUCGACUCGACGCAGGACGAUCGAAACGGCAAAGUAUCUCCACGAGAACGGUUACAAAGUUCGACAAAGAUCCCAGUUAAGCCAAUUGCACCCUGGUGUCUGUGAGCAGAUGUCCGAGAAGCGUAUUCGUGCAGAAUUUGGAGAUGAAGUCUCCAAACACGAGCUGGACCCCUACCACCACCGCUACCCCCGUGCAGAGUCUUAUCACGAUCUGGCUGUUCGCCUGGAACCGAUUAUUCUCGAACUCGAGAGAGAACAAACUGAUUUGCUCAUCAUCGCACACGAAAGUGUCUUGAGGGUCUUGUACGGUUACCUCAUGGCCUGCAACGCUGCAGACAUUCCAUUCCUCGAGUUCCCUCGCGAUGAAAUUAUUGAGAUCAUCCCCGAAAGCUACCAGAAUGUGGCCCAGCAUAUCAAGAUCCCUGGGCUCCCAGAAGAAAUUAUUCCUGACUCCCCUGAGGAUCUCAAAAUCCCAGUGCCCGCGAGUGGAGGUGUGUCACCAAUGCAAGGGCUUGGUAGCCCAGAGGGUCAAGCGACCCCACAGAGUGGCUAUCGAACACCCAGUGGGAUCAGGACACCUCGUGAACCUGAAAGAAUCUCACAGCAGCACGUUGAAGACGUGGUUUAG